AUGGCGACUACCAGCACUAUGGGAAAUACUCGCAAGUUAGACUGCAAAGACUUACACGGUUAUCUGUGUACACUAUCCUCUAAUGUACUAGAUCGACUUUACAACCACCCCGCAACAUGUCUAGCUGUGUUCAGAGAAUUACCACCACUUGGUAAACAAUAUGUGAUGCGGCUUGUCUUUGUUGAUCAGCCAAUACCGUGUGCGGUUGUUGCAUCAUGGGUAAAAACUUCAUGCCACGAUUCGUGGGCAAGUUCUGGUCAUCUCGGUCCUGACAAGCAUGCACGUGAUGUAGAAUACUUGGAUUCUUAUGCAUUGGAAAGAUGGGAGUGUGUGUUGCAUUUCUUGGUUGGAUCUCGUGGCGUGGAUAGUGUCAGCAGAGAUAUAGCAUUAGUACUAAAUAAAUCAGGUCUUAUGAAACCAAUGGAAGAAGGAGGCACUCCUGUGAUUACUCAAGCUGGAUUUCAAUUUCUACUCAUGGAUACCCCCUCUCAAGUUUGGUAUUUCAUGUUACAGUAUUUACAAAGUGCUGAGGCAAGAAAUCUAGAUCUUGUUGAGGCUUUAAAUUUCUUAUUUCAGCUGAGUUUUUCAUCACUAGGUAAGGACUAUUCAACAGAAAACCUGAAUGAUUCACAGUUACAAUUUCUUCAACAUCUCAGAGAGUUAGGAUUAGUGUUCCAAAGAAAGAGAAAGUCGAAACGGUAUUAUCCAAGCAGACUGGCCAUCAAUUUAGCCUCGGGUCUAUCAAACGUUACAACAGAUGCAAACAGAACUGGGUUUAUUAUGGUUGAAACUAACUACAGAGUGUAUGCGUACACUGACUCCAACUUGCAAGUGGAAAUAUUAGGCUUAUUUACAGAACUCCUCUAUAGACUUUUUUUUCCAAAGUUGACACCAAUCAUUCCACCAACAAUCAGUGAUCAAAUCAGACUAUGGGAGUUAGAGAGAGAUAGAUUAAGCUUCACUGAUGGUGUUUUAUACAAUCAGUUUCUAUCACAACAUGAUUUUGAAGUACUCCGAGACUAUGCAAAGGAUAUUGGAGUGUUAAAUUGGGAGAAUCCAGCCAAAAGAGUUAUCAUUGUGAGUCCUUCUGGGCAUGAUGAAGUGAAAAGAUUCUGGAAAAGGCAGAAAAAAAGUUGAAUCCAAUAUUCUCAACUGGUUCAUCAGUACUUGGGUGAUGUGUUAUCAUACAAGAAAUUAUGUGGCUGGCCAUUUGUCUUGGAUUUGGAAGAGGUCCACUCAGAUGUUGUAACUGCAUAUGGAACUGGAAUUCGCGAGGAUGCCAACAAUCUGCUUUUUUUUUGUGAUGUACAAUUUUAUAAGUUUCGAGUUAUACCUUUCGUUACUCUAAGCCAAAUUGUAUAUUUAAAUUUUCAGUUUUUAUACGUUGAAAACCUGUCAAGAAACAAGCGGCUCUCGGUUUAGAGAGUUGACUAGCCAAUCAAACAAAAUUUUCCAAGCAUCUUUGCGUUCACUUUACAUAGCUAUACCAGUCUGCUGUGCAGAAUGUGACUUGAUCUUUUAAUGGUGAUACAUUCAGUUUUUUGAAAAAACCUAAAUAUACACACGUUAUUAGGUUUUAAUACGUGUACUAAACACGUGGUUCACAAGAUGGACAAGUUACUGAUAAUUGCGGUCGUGGUUAAUUUAACAAAACGCUCCACUUGGACCUGUUUUCUACAAAAUGUUAUGCAAGACAACUACUGAUACUGUAAUAUAGCAUACUAGUAUGUAAAUUACAAGAACAUUACUUCGUUGUAUUUCAGGGUUCCCAAAAUAGGCCAGACAUCUUCAGCUCAUUUUGGAUGAACUUUGAGACAUCUUCAGCUCAUUUUGGAUAAAC